AUGCCCCCGUGGAUCGUGAGCUUGAUCAACCGGGGGCGCGGUUCGGGAGGAGUCUCAAGGCAUGCAAAGGACCAAGUGUCUCACGAAAAGGAAGUCGAUCCUCAAGAGAACGUGCUGGAGACCGUCGACAACGCAGAGGCUGGCGGGCCUGCAGCCAAGGCGGCUCCGGGCUUGGCACACAUGGAAGUGAAGCAGCUUGUGAGAGAGAGGGCAAAGGAUUGCUCUUCUUUCUACAGCGGCUUAACAAUCCUACCGGACGGCAACAGAUCGUUUCAGUUCGGGGUCACUGGCCCGCGCCAGUGCUACCUGGGAAAAUCUCACAGAGGGUCUAAUAACUUCACAGUAAUUCAAGGAUGUUCUGGUGACUUCCAGGAGCUCUACUACAAUUGCUUCGGGUCCGGUUGCUCCGACAGCAAGCCAAAGCUGCUGGGGCGUUUGACGAUAUCCGCUGCUCUUGAGCAAGCUGGGGGUGGUCCUUUUGGACCCAAGGACAAUCAGCCGUCGAGCUCAAAGGAGCUGGCCGCAAGGUUUUCAGAUCCCUUCUUGCUGUCCACUGUGAGCAAGAGUGAUUUUGGAAGUGCUUUGAUAUUCAGCAAAUUGUUCGAGCACGACAGACGGGUUGUGUACGACUCGGGGAGAUUCUGGACGUGGGAUGGAACAAGCUGGGUUCCCUCUGAUACGGAGGCAGCCCUGUUGAAGACUUCGUUCAUGUACCACAUGGGGCGGAUCAAAACCUACUGGUGCGAUCUACUGGAUCGGGCAUUUGACGAGAAGUCCAAACAGCUGACAACUUGCAGAGACAAUGCUCUGGAUGAGCUGCAAUCCCGGGCCUCGCCAAGUGCGGACGAGACCAACAAGGACAUUUUGAAGAGCAUCGAAAAGGCGGAGAAGGCUAUCAUCGCAGACUUCAUCAUGGAGAUGAAGAAGAUACCCGAGCCGGUGUGGCGGGGGGUGGGGGUCGAGUCUGUCCCCAUCGCUCAUAGGUGUCUCAUCCCUCUGAAAGUGAACUUGCAUGUGCGGGAUUUUGCAAGCUCGCUGAAUGCCAAUCGCGACUACCUCAACACCACAAGCGGCUCUAUCGACCUUCGAACGGGAGAGCUGUAUGCUCACCAUCCGAGCAACAUGCUCUCGAUGGAGAUUUGUACCCUUUAUGAGGGUGCAAGUUAUCCAUCGCCGCUCAUCGACCAAUUCAUGGCUGAGGUGCUGUCCGAGGACAUAGUCCCCGUUAUGCAAAUGACGCUCGGAUACGGCAUCACAGGCCACAGCAAGGAAAAGCAAUUCAGCGUCAUGCAUGGCCCAACGAACAGCGCAAAGACAAAACUCGUCACCAUGGUCCGAGAGUGUACCGGACCCUACUGCGUUUCGAUGGCCCGCGACUGCGUCAUAGGCGCAGGUCAGCAUUCGGAAGGGGCUGCCACGCCGCACCUCCUUAUGCUUGAUGGAGCGCAUAUCGCUGUCCUCGAAGAGACGGAGGACUCUGAUGUAUACAAUGGAGCAUCAGUGAAGGCAAUCGCGUCCGGUGAUGGAAAAAUGACGGUAAGAGGGCUACAUAAGGAUCCCGUCGAGGUCACCAUGAGGUGUUUGCCGAUCAUAUCUACCAAUUCAUUGCCAAAGUUCAACGCAAGGGACACGGGCACCCUUAACAAGCUGCGGAUAUUUCCAUUUGAGCACGAGUUUGUUGAGAAGCCGAUGCCUGGAACCCACCAGAGAUUGAGGGACACAGAUCUUAUGGACAAGAUCAAGACCCCCGAGUGGAGGAAGCAGAUGCUAGCUUGGCUGGUGCGAGGCAGCAUGAAGUGGUACGAGCGGGGGGCUCUACCGACGGUCGAAGAGUUGCCUCUGGCCAUGGCCAAGGCGCUCGAGAGCUAUUCAAAUGACAACGACCACUUUGGAAAUUUCAUCAAGGACCGGUGCAUCUUGCAGCCGAGCAAGCGGUGCCACGUGAGGCCUCUGAAGGAGGCAUAUGAAGAUUAUAUGGGUAGCACACAACGCCCUAUGGUCGUAAAUGACUUCAAGACUCUGAUGCGGCAGCUGAUCCCAAACGG